AUGGCAGCAUCAAAAUCAACAUUGGAGGAAUUGUAUGCACGAUUAUCAUUGGAGGAUGAGGAUGAAGGGGGGAUUGUGGUGGCAGAGAGUGAGAUCAAAAAACGUGCUACAUAUGGUCUGGUAGGGCGUUUUCUGACGGAGAAGAACAUAAACUUCAAUGCAAUGCAGAAUGUUAUUGCUUCGUUAUGGCGUCCCAGAGAAGGCAUGGAAAUCGUUGAUUUGGGUGGUCAAAGAUAUUCAUUCGUGUUCUAUCAUGUCUUGGAUAUGCAGAAAGUGUUGGAAGGAGGUCCAUGGACAUUUGAACAGAACCUAUUAGUGUAUCAUUGCCUCAAGGAAAGUGAAGAUCCACAUACAGUAAGUUUAAAUACUUCGGAUAUCUGGGUCCAAGUUUAUGAUCUCCCAACUGGUUUUGCUUCUGAGAAUAUUUUUCGAAACAUUGGUAAUUAUGUUGGUAGUUUUGUUAAAUCAGACCCUAUUAAUGUCAAUGGUGGAUGGAGGUUAUAUUCACGAAUUCGAGUUACGUUGGAUAUUGACAAACCCAUAAGGCGGAGAAUGAAAAUUAAGAGGGAUGGAGGUGAGUGGAGUUGGAUUAAUUUCAAAUAUGAAAGACUUAGUUCCUUUUGCUUCGUAUGUGGUCUGCUUGGGCAUCAGGAGAGGGAUUGUGCUAUCGUAUAUGCGAAUCCGGAUAAGGAGAUAGUCCGUGCGUAUGGAGCAUGGUUGCGGGCACCAAAUAAGAAUUCUAAGAACAUGAAUCUAGGAGCGAAGUGGUUACGUAAUGGGGGAGAUAAUAACAGAGCAUGGGAUGAAGGUAUGUCCAAUAUCCAGAAACAAACCACUGUGCAAGGUGGCAGGACGGUGGUAGCGCGUUUCAUGGAAGUUGAUGGGGUAAUUUCCGAGAUUCAAGGGGAGAGCGGGGGGAUUAAAGUGGUGCCAAGAAAUCAGGAGAACAGUUUGGAUAACAGCAAGAUAGGGGAUCAAUUAGCUGAUAAAGCGGGAGGAGAAAAUUUCGAAAAAGAUACAGUUGUAACUGAUCCCAAAAGGAGACGUGUGGUGCAUGAAAAUACUAUGGGCUAUGAAACUGGGGAUUUACUUAAUGGGCCUGUUGAUUUAGAUGGGCCAAAAAACUUGAUAGAGGCGGGUCCUGUGGUGCAGGCCCGCCUAAAACAAUGA